AUGCAGGUCCCCAGCCCCAGCACGAGAGAGGCAGCGUCCAUGUAUGGCACGGUGGUGGCCGUCUUCCUGGUCAUCUUGGUGGCCACACUGCAGAGCUCGGCCCCCCCCGAGAAUCCCUUCCCCUACCGAGUACCCUUGGAUCCCGAGGGGUCCCUGGAGCUUUCCUGGAAUGUUAGCUACGCGCAGAAGACGGUCCACUUCCAACUCCUGGUGCAGGAGCUCAAGGCCGGGGUCCUGUUUGGGAUGUCGGACCGCGGCGAGUUGGAAAAUGCCGACCUGGUGGUGCUCUGGACCGACGGAGACAGCACCUACUUUGGGGACGCCUGGAGUGACCAGAGGGGACAGAUCCACCUGGAUUCCCGGCAGGAUUACCAGCUGCUGAGGGCGCGGAGAACCCCGGAAGGCCUGAGCCUGAUCUUCAGGAGGCCCUUUGACACCUGUGACCCCAAGGAUUACCUCAUUGAGGAUGGCACCGUCCACCUGGUAUACGGGGUCCUGGAGGAGCCGUUCCGGACGCUGGAGGCCAUCAACACCUCGGGGCUGCAGACGGGGCUGCAGAGGGUACAGCUGUUAAAGCCCAGUAUCCCCAUCCCGGCCUUGCCCAUGGACACGCACACCAUGGAGAUCCGCACCCCGGACAUCCUGAUCCCCGACCAGCCGACCACAUACUGGUGCCACAUCACUGAGCUUCCAGACGGCUUCUCCCGGCACCACAUCGUCAUGUACGAGCCCAUCGUCACCAAGGGCAACGAGGCCCUGGUGCACCACAUGGAGGUCUUCCAGUGUGCCGCCCAGUUUGAGACCUUCCCCGAGUUCAGCGGGCCCUGCGAUUCCAAGAUGAAGCCCAGACGCCUCAAUUACUGUCGCCACGUGCUGGCCGCCUGGGCCCUGGGUGCCAAGGCCUUUUACUACCCGGAGGAAGCAGGCCUUGCCUUUGGGGGCGCCGAGUCCUCCAGAUUUCUCCGUCUGGAAGUUCACUACCACAACCCGCUGAAGAUCCAAGGCCGUCGCGACUCCUCGGGCAUCCGCCUGCACUACACGGCCACGCUACGUCGCUUCAACGCGGGCAUCAUGGAGCUGGGGCUUGUGUACUCGCCCGUGAUGGCCAUCCCCCCGCAGGAGACGGCCUUCGUCCUCACCGGCUACUGCACGGACAAGUGCACCCAGCUGGCCCUGCCUCCCUCAGGGAUCCACAUCUUCGCCUCCCAGCUCCACACACACCUGACGGGGAGGAAGGUGGUCACUGUGCUGGUCCGGGACGGCCGGGAGACGGAGAUCGUGAACAGGGACGACCACUACAGCCCUCACUUCCAGGAGAUCCGCAUGUUGAAGAAGACGGUGUCCGUGCGCCCGGGGGACGUGCUCGUCACUUCCUGUACGUACAACACAGAAGACAGGGAGCUGGCCACCGUGGGGGGCUUUGGUAUCCUGGAGGAGAUGUGCGUCAACUACGUCCACUACUACCCCCAGACGCAGCUGGAGCUCUGCAAAAGCACCGUGGACCCGGGUUUCCUGCGGGAGUAUUUCCACCUGGUGAACAGGUUCAAUGGUGAGGAAGUGUGCACCUGCCCCCCGGCCUCUGUCCCUGCAUUUGCCGCGGUUCCCUGGAACUCCUUCAAUCGAGACGUGCUCAGGGCCCUGUACGGCUUCGCCCCCAUCUCCAUGCACUGCAACAAGUCCUCGGCCGUCCGCUUCCAGGGUGAAUGGACGCAGCCUCUGCCUGAGAUCAUCUCCAAGCUAGAAGAGCCCACCUCUCACUGCCCAGCCAGCCAGGAUCAGAGCCCCUCCAGCCACACUGUGGUCAACAUUGGUGGGGGCAAAGGUUGAGUGGGGGACUAUCUCUCACUCCCCACUCCAUGCUACGCUGUGGGAUCACACCAGCUCUGUGCACCCCCACUCUGUGAAGAGCCCCGUGUGCCCAGGAUGAACGGCAGGGCCCAACCCCCCUCCCCCUGGCCUAAUAACCAUGGUCCAUGUCUAGCGUUUGCCCCUCAAGGAUCCCCUGCAUGCGGAGAGGGUCCCGUGAGAGUCCCCUGUUGACCCACCUGGGACUGGGGCGACCAAGGCCUUCUCCACACCCCCCUCGGUGGCCUAGAGUCCAGUGCCCCCAAAGCCCCGCCUACCUCGCCGAGAGGGGCUGGUCCUGGCUGCGGGGCGGACCCCCGACACGGCCCCCGCGUCCCCAGCCCCCGUGGAUGGCGAUCUGUGUUGGUGCCUCUGUGUACACGUGCUACUUAAACGUUUCCCUGCA